GAAAACGAAAUCGCCCCCUUUACCGUGACGCCCACGAACCGACUCGCUCCUUCUUCUCCCUCCUUCUUCUCCCUCCUCCCUCCCCCCCCCCUCUGCGCAGGCGGGCCACCACCAAGCGUCCUUCUUCUCUUUAUGCUGGCGCGCACUAAUUCGACUGCGGAGGUUAAAAGCACCGAUUUGAACAAGAAGAGUACUCACAUUUUUUAAAAGUCCUUUCUGUUUUUUACGUAGCGGACGUAGUAGUAACAAGAGAAGUGGAAUCUGCGGUGGAGGUGCGCGCACCCACUCCGGUGAGGGACGAUCCGUCGUGCUCCUUCUUCUUUUCCCUUUUUCUCUCCCUUUUUCUGGGGGUAGGGACGGAAUAGUAUUCUGAAAGAAGAAGAAAAAUAAUAAUAGCAGGGAGGAGAGUGCGCGGAGCCGCUUCACCGAACGAAUACACAAGAAAGAAAGAGGGCAAGUCGGCACACUGCCAACUACUCGUCUCGCUGUUUUUCUCACUUUUCAGGAUUCUGUUGCUUCUGGCUUUGGCCUCUUGUCGUCUAUCCUUUCAAUUUGUUGGCGGGACGUGAGUUUCUAUUCAUCAGAGGAGAGGGGGGUACUCGCUAGCACAAAAAACCGACGAAGCAAGCCGCACUUUUGGUAUCAACGGUGCGCGACACACAGUUGCGCAUUCCGUUUUUCUUUUUCUUUCUGGAUGUUGCGGCCUUUUCCUGUUCUCCCCCUUUCUUUCUUUCUGACCCCAGUCAGCCGUUUCGGGGUUGUCGCGUUGCAUGCGUAGCAUCGGACUGUGUGCCCCCAUAACGCCCUGUCUCUCCGUAGUGUGUUUUUCAUUCAUCAUUAUUGUUAGUUAUUUAUUUCUCCGUUUUCGACGUAAAAGAAAUUUCGCUUCGUACGUGCUACUUCCUGCGAGGAGGAAAGAGAACGAGCCUUAUCCACUUAUUUAUUUACUACGUUGAGUCCUGUUGCUGCUGCUGCUGCUGCUGUGAUUUUUGCGAAAACAAAGCGCCCCUGAGUGCACAUCUAUAUACAUUGACAAGGGGCGCUCGUCUUCUUGUUCUCCUUUUUCCUACGCCCUUUUCCCUUUUUUCUUUAGCUUUCCCCUUCGCUUUACUUAGUCUUCGUUUUAUGUUUUCCUCCGUUGCCUAACCCGAAUAAUCCAGAGCUGGAGAAAAGAACUACAUCAUGCUGCGUUGUACGGCGCGGUAUUUAUGCGCCGCCGCUGCGGCGGGCGGUGCGUCUUCGUCCGAAGUGAGUCGAGACAUUGAGGAGUUCGAUGUGGUGGUGAUCGGUGGUGGCCCAGCCGGUCUCUCCGCUGCGAUCCGCCUGAAGCAGCUAGCCGGAGAGCAGAAAGAUUCGUUCCGCGUCGGUCUCGUGGAGAAGGGCAGCGAGAUUGGCGCCCACGUUAUGUCCGGCGCGUGUGUAGAGCCGCACGGCCUGGAUGAACUGCUGCCCGGCUGGCGGGAGAAGGAAGGCUCCAUCUUCUCCUCCCUCACACCUGUCACGCGAGAUGCGUUUCACAUCUUGACGGGGCCGACGAAGAGCGUGAAGAUGCCGUGGCUGCCGCCGAGCCUGCACAACGGCCGCAACUUUAUCACGUCGCUGGGCGGGGUGUGCAAAUGGCUUGGGGAGGAGGCGGCGGCCCUCGGGGUGGAGGUCUACCCAGGUUUCGCCGCCGCGGACGUCGUGGUGGACGACACCACCGGCGCCGUGACGGGGGUGCAGCUGAACGACAUGGGUGUGAGUAAGAAGGGCGAACGCACGGCCCAGUACGAGCCCGGUAUGAUCUUCAAGGCGAAACAGACGAUCUUCGCGGAGGGCUGCCGCGGGUCGUGCACGAAGCAGCUGGAGAAGCGGUUUGGGCUGCGCAGCGACGACAACCCGCAGACCUUCGGCCUCGGCAUCAAGGAGGUGUGGGAGGUCCCGAAGGAGAAGCAUCACCCGGGCACCGUCAUGCACACCGUCGGGUGGCCAACGACGGACAAGGGUCACGAGAACACCUACGGCGGCUCCUUCCUCUACCACUACGGGGACGGCUUGGUGUCGUGCGGGUACGUGGUGGGGCUGGACUACGCGAACCCUUACUGUCGGCCAUACAUGGAAAUGCAGAAGUGGAAGACACACCCGCUCGUGCGAGCGCACCUGCACGGUGGCCGGCCGAUCCUGUACGGCGCGCGGGCGCUGGUUGAGGGCGGCUACCGCGCCCUGCCAAAGCUUCACUUCCCUGGUGGGGUGUUGGUCGGCGACUGCGCUGGGUUUUUGAAUCUGCCGAAGAUCAAAGGCACCCACACCGCCAUGAAGUCUGGCAUUCUGGCGGCGGAGGCCGUGUACGACGAGGCCUUCAAGAACGGGAAGGAGGCGGCGGCGCCGGGCGUGGACUGUGCGAGCUACGACACCCGGUUCCGCAGCAGCUGGCUCCACAAGGAGCUCUACCAGGUGCGCAACGUCCGGCAGAGCUUCCACGAGAACUUCUUCUGGGGGAUGGCCUACACCGGCGUCACCACGGCGGUGACGAAAGGCAUGGAGCCGUGGACGCUGAAUCACAAAGGUCCGGACAGCGCCUCGCUCAAGCCGGCGAAGGACUGCACGGAGAUUGAGUACCCCAAGCCGGACGGCGUCCUCACCUUCGAUUUGCUCACAAACCACAGCCGCAGCGGCACCGCCCACAACGCGGACCAGCCGUGCCACCUGCGCCUGACCGAGCCGAAGGUGGCGGAGGCAGUGAACUUGAAGACGUACGCCGGGCCGGAGUCCCGCUACUGCCCCGCCGGCGUCUACGAGUUCGUGGACGGGAAGCUGGUGAUCAACGCGCAGAACUGUCUGCACUGCAAGACGUGCGACAUCAAAGAUCCGACGCAGAACAUCAACUGGGUAGUGCCGGAGGGCGGUGGUGGUCCGAACUAUCAAGGGCAGAUGUAA